CACACCAAAGAGACUUUGCCACGCAUCACAUUACACUCUCAAAACACUUCUAGCUAGUUAACACUCAAGUAACUAAUUCACGUCUUUUUCUCCUCAUAAUUAGCAACUAUGGCCAGCUCUAGCUCUGUCAAGAUCGCCUGCGUUGUUGUCAUUGCCAUGGUGGUGGUGGCUGCGCCUGCCGCCGAGGCAUUGAGCUGCGGGGCGGUAUCGAGCAACCUCGCGCCGUGCAUUAACUACGCCAAGAGCGGCCUCGGGCCCGUCCCCGGGGGGUGCUGCACUGGGAUUAGGAAUGUGAACAGCAUGGCAAGGACCUCAAAAGACCGCCAGGACGCUUGCAGGUGCCUGCAGAACGCUGCUACUGCCAUCAAGGGUCUCAAGCUCAACGUCAUCGCUGGACUUCCCAGCAAGUGUGGAGUAAACAUUCCUUACAAGAUCAGCCCCUCCACCAACUGCAACACUGUGAACUGAAGUUGAAAGACAAAAGUAGCAAUUUUCAGCUGGCGGAUAUGCAUAAUAUGAGAAUAAGUGUGUGGGUGCCCUACACAUAUAUAAUUGUCUCCUCUAUAGGGGAGUCGUAAGCUUUAUGGUUUUAUAGUUGUAAUUUCGUCUACAACGGAUAUGUAACUUUUGUUCGUUUGACAGAAGUACUUAUUCCCUUUUUCAUGUGAUUGAGAAAUAUCAACUUUUUCCUCAGUAAAUAAGUCUAUCCAUCAGUUUCUCAA